UUUUACAAAGAAGAGUUUGCAGGAUCAGGCCUCUUGCUGGCAUUUUUUUUGUGUUUUCUCCUGUUUCUGAGAAAGUUAACAUGUUGGCUGGAAAGAUUUCUCUGCAAGGCACCUGAGAAGGCUGCUUCAGAAACAUCCUCAUGCUUAAAAAAAAACCCCAGACAGUGGUGUGGCAGGUGAAUUUAUGCUAAGCUAAAAGGCACAGGAAUUGCUAAGUGCCAUGAUAUUUCCUUGGAGAAGACCAGGACAAGGUGAUAAUGAAGAAUGUGCUUCUCCUACUCACGCUAGUGAUGAUGUCACCUUCUGCCUCUUCUACCCGCAAGGUGAAGCGGCAGAAUGAUGUCUGGGGGAGCUGGGGAGAAUGGCAUGAAUGCAGUCGGACUUGUGGUGGGGGCAUUAGCUUUCGGCAGCGACUCUGCCAUUCACAAAGGACAGAUGGUGGGUCCAGUUGUGUUGGACCAUCAGCAAGCUAUCGCUCAUGCAACAUUCAGAGCUGCCCUGAGGACUCCCGGGAUUUCCGAGCAGAGCAGUGUGCUGAGUUUGAUGGGGUGGAAUUCCAAGGAAAGAGAUACAAAUGGCUUCCUUAUUAUGGAGCCCCCAGUAAAUGCGAGUUAAACUGCAUUCCCAAGGGAGAGAACUUCUACUACCGGCACAAGGCAGCAGUGGUUGACGGGACGCCCUGUGAACCAGGCAAACAAGAUGUCUGUGUCCAGGGAGUCUGCCAAGCAGUUGGCUGUGAUAACAUGCUGGAUUCUGCCAAGAAGGAGGACAAGUGCCUGCAGUGUGGAGGGGAUGGCAGGGCCUGCUAUGAAGUGAAGGGCACUUUUGAUGUGCCUAACCUCCCCAAAGGUUACAAUCAAAUCUUCAUCAUCCCUGUGGGAGCCACGAGUAUCCGCAUUAAGGAAGUUGAACCUACCAGGAACUUUCUGGCCAUCAAGAAUGCACAGGGCAAAUACUAUCUGAAUGGGCACUGGACGAUUGACUUCAGCCGAGCACUGCACAUUGCCAGCACAGUUGUGCAUUACGAUCGAGGCUCUGAGGGAGACCUGGCCCCUGAGCUCCUCUAUGCCAGGGGCCCCACCACUGAACCCUUAGUCAUUGAGCUAAUCAGUCAGGAGACAAACCAAGGAGUGCAGUAUGAGUACUACCUGCCCUGGUAUGGACAAAACACAGGUUACAGCUGGAGCUAUGGCUCUUGGAGUGAAUGCAGCUCUGUGUGUGGAGGAGGUUUCCAGUCACGCUUGGUGUUUUGUACCAUAGACAAUGAAGUUUAUCCAGACUACAUGUGCAGGGAUAAACCAAAGCCAGUCAAUAACCGGACGUGUGGUCAUCAGAACUGUCCACAGACAAAGCGGAUUUCUUACAUCUAUCUGCCGGGAGUGUGGAAAAACAUUUGGAGCUCUUGGAAGAAAAGCUGGAAAACUGGGGAGUGGGGACCCUGCUCAGCCACCUGUGGAGGAGGCCUGCAGACCCGUUCAAUUUACUGCACAUCGCAUGAUGAACGAAGCUUUGAGGAAGUGGUGGAUGAUGGGGAGUGUGCAGCUUUAACACAGCGCCCCCGGGCCAUACAGUCCUGCAGUGUGCGGCAGUGUGCAACAUGGAGCACAGGGCCCUGGUCUGAGUGCUCCAUGACCUGUGGUGAAGGCAUUCAAACCCGGAGUGUUGUCUGCAGAUCAGAGCAGGGUGCUCAGACUUUAGACGUUGCUUGCCUGCAAGAGUCUAAGCCAGUGGAUACCCAGCCCUGCCUCAGGGAGAGAUGCCUCCAGGAAAUUGGUUGGCAUGUUGGAGACUGGGGCCUGUGUUCAAAAAGCUGUGGCUCAGGCUUCCGAACACGCCAGGUCAUCUGUGCUGAUGGGGAGUCCAGACUCUACAGCCCCGAGGCAUGCCAGGCCAUUCAGCCACAGGUACCAGCCAGGCUGGAAAACUGCAACACUCAGCCCUGCCACCUGCCACAACAGGUCCCCAGUAUGCAGAACACUGUGGGCUAUGACAUCAGCCGACAGUUCUUGUUGAUACGCUACCACCCAGACAGCACUGCCACAGUUCAUAGAGAUGAAAGAACAAACCAAGGAAGUUUGACACGACACCAGACCAAUGAGGACCGUGGCUCUAACUUCUUGCCUCUUCACGUGGAAUCCCGCUCCAUCCCCUCAGGAUCCCAGCAGUUCAGCUCUUUUCAGGAUAUUUCCCCUGGGAAUGGUCCUCAGGUCUGUAACCAGGGCCCUCAUGGCUGCUGCCCAGAUGGCCGUACUCCAGCUUCUGGCCCCUUUGGGCAAGGCUGCUCCACAAGCAUGUGCCAUCAGAGCAGGUAUGGAUGCUGCCCUGAUGGAAUAUCCACUGCCCAGGGCCCAAGCAACAUGGGAUGUCCAGAGUAUUACAGUGAUGCUUACGCGAGCAGAGAUGGGCUAACUACAGCCUCCCCAGCAACAAGCCAGGCUUUGUCCCAGCAGCACCAGUCGGAUGAAUGCCGAGGUUCUAUGUAUGGCUGCUGCUAUGACAAGGUUGCUUCAGCUUCAGGACCUGAAGGCGAAGGGUGCCUCCAUAGACCCUGGCAACCCUACCCAGUCAGGUGUCUGCUGCCCAGCGCCCAUGGCCCCUGUGUAGACUGGACCGUUCGCUGGUACUUCAUAACUGUUGUCGGCAAGUGCAACCGGUUCUGGUAUGGUGGCUGCCAUGGCAACCAGAACAACUUUGUCUCGGAGGAGGAGUGCAUGACAGCAUGCCGCAGGUCUGUGGGAGCAACCAGUGGGGGGCACCGCCAGCACUCGGAGACUUUGCAUGUUCACUCUGGGUCCCACCUGCAAAAGGUUAGUGCCCAGGGACAGCAGCAGCCACUUGCAAGAGGAACCAUGCACCAAGGCCAAGGAGGAGAGCAAAGGUCCUCCCAUUUUGCUUUAGUCAGGCCUGCGAGCCAUGCUGCCCGGCAGGACACAGAGCUGCACCACAGGGAGGGAAGCUGGAGGAGGGUCAUGAAUUUUGAUAUGCUGCUGGCAUCUCCUCAGAGGCUUGGCACAGUGGAGAGCCAGCGUGGGGGUCCCCACCAUGCCGCAGUGAGUGGGGAAAGGAAAACGGAUGGGUUACACAGCUUGGGUGAGACCGUGGUGCCUGGGCACUCUGAGAGACAGGUGGUGCAACAUGUGGGCGAGCGAUGGCAGAGCUCUUCUGAAGGAGAUGCGUCAGCAGUGGAUGGAUUCAGGCGCCGAGCCUUAGCAGGGUCCUCCUCUCUGCAAACCCUGAACAGAGUCAUCGUGGAGGGAGUUGAGUCUUCCCUGGUGGAGGCAGCUGUGGGACAAAAUAUUCGGCUUCUUUGCAAGACAGGCACUUCUCACUUCUCCAGAGCUGAGUGGCAGAAGGAUGGAUGGCCAGUAUCAUCCACAAGGCACACCUACCAGUCUGACAGUUCCUUGGUGGUCAGCCAGGUCAGGCCUGAGGAUGCUGGGACUUACACGUGCAUCAUUUCUGAUGGGCGGAUGGAGAGACGAGAGAUUCGGCUAAGGAUCAAAGAGGGCCAUGGAUCUGCUCUGGCAGAGAGCAGGAGAGGUCAGCAUCCUUCUGAGGAGACUCAUCCACACAGAGACCUCUCCAGGGAAGUUAAAACUGUGCAUGUACCCAGUUCCUCAGUUUAUCAACAGCCCACGUAUAGAUUAAUAAUGGCUAAGGAGGAACCCUCAGCGGUAGAUGCCAACAUUGGGGAGAGAGUCAGAUUGCCCUGCCAAGUAGAAGCCUCCCCUGCUUUAACCAUCCAGUGGCAGAAAGAUGGGCAGCCUCUUUCCUCUCCCAGGCACAGACAGCAGGCAGAUGGUGCCCUGGUGAUCAGUCGGGUCAGUGCCACAGAUGCCGGCUUCUUCACCUGCACUGCUUCGAAUGGGCGUGACCAGGACCAGCACCGGGUCCAGCUGCGUCCCAUAGGAGAGCUGAGGAUCACCGGCCUUCUACCAAGCAUCACCGUGACUGAAGGGGAGGACACCCAGCUCCGCUGCACUGUGACAGGCAACAAGGUGACAGUGAGGUGGUCGAGGAAUGGGGUGCCAGUGCGAGCAGAUGGCCACCAUGUCUACCUAUCCCAGGACGGAUCCCUCAUUAUCAACAAUGCCCAGGCAGGAGAUGAGGGCUCCUACACCUGCAGCGCCUACCGUGGAAGCAACUCGGUUAGUGCUAGCACGGAAGUAAAAGUGGUCAGGAGCAGCCCUGAAGGCACUGUGAAUCAUGUUGUAGACCUAAGCAGAGAGUGUGUUGACCAGCCACACCUUGCCAACUGUGAUCUGAUCCUACAGGCCCAGCUCUGCAGUAAUGAGUAUUACUCCAGCUUCUGCUGUGCCAGCUGUUCUCAGUACCAAGGCAGCCUGCCUCAGCACCAGGGGUGAGACACCCUUACCAGCCAACUCCAAAGCAGCCUGAGACUCCAAGUGGUGGUUAGCUGGACAGAAACAGGGAUGGAAGAGAUAAUUUACCCUUUUACUCCCCAUACCCCGCAGCAUUCAUUACUCAAGUAGGCUGUUUUGCUGACUUCAUGAACAUUAUUGGGUGUAAUUGUACAAAAGGCAGCAGAACGCACACCAUUCCAAUUAUGCUGCAAACUGCUUGUUUUCCCAUGUGCUUUACUAUGUAGUACACCUGUCUGUCUCAUCUGAGAACAGCUGCUGACUAUCCUAAGUGAAAGAAACCUGAAGACCACAUGAACCCUGUUACUUCAGAGAAGCCUAAGAGGCAACAUGAAAGAGAGAGAGAAAUCCUAAGUAAGAGAAACCUCUCCUAAAACCACAGCCUGCAAGCCCUUUGAAGGAAGUCCAGAAUCAUCUGGCUAUAUCACCAGAUAGCAAGGCAUACAUACAGGCCUAUGGAGUAUUUCCCAUCUGAAAGCCAGACUGCACUUUGCACAAGGAAAAAGAGCAUCUUGCCUGUAAACUUGGGUGUACUCAUCCCAUGAACUUCUGAAUGCUUCCUUAGGGCUGGGAUAAUAGUGUCCUGCAGCUUUUUUAAUCACAUUAUGCUUCUUAAACAGACAAAACUGUACUCAGGAUCAUUCUGGAUGCCACCAAAAUAUGGCCAACUUUAGACUGAAAUACAGCUACUGCUUUAACAGCACAGACCAACCCUGAGAGCAACCCCAGAGUGUGGGACAGAAAGUGAAGAAUAUGGUCUCUGCCUCUCACUGUCAGAGAGCUUCAGGUGGAUAAAAUUGAAGCUGUUGUCCUGAACUCUGAGCAGGUCCCAAGGUCUUAAAUGCUCCCAUGCUUCUGAAAAGGCCCAUCUGCUUUUUAAAGAUUGAGAUACAAGAGCAGGGUUUCAAUCACAGAUGACAGCAGCAGCAGCACAGUGCUGGCACUAGGCUUGGAGAAAAGACUAUAUACUGAGUCCCCAGCAACUUGGCACUCUCCCAGUCAACAGCUGACCUGCUUUACCAUCUAUUAACUUUUAGGAAAAACUCUCUCCACGUGGCCUGAGCAGGAGAGUCAGUCUGUCAGCAUAGUAUAAAAAGGCAAAGAAUGUGGAAGUGGAGCUAGAGUAAAUACAUCUGAGCAGCAUUUGUCAUUCUGUGACAUUUCUUGUAUACCCUGGGUUCUGGAUGAGAUACCAUCAUGGGUGUUAAUAUGGGGAUGAUGGAAUACAGGGACCUGAGCAGAGAGGUCCAUGGAUGACUCAACAUUCCCAAACUGAACAGCAGCCUCCUAAGCUACCAUGUGAGAGAUGGCUUCACAGCAUAUACUGCACUCUAUGUAGAGCACUUUCUCCUUGAAGAUAUAACCUCUAGUGCAGCAAUUUUCAACACAACUGUUAUUUUGACUUGGAGGCGUGGUAUAGAGGUAGGGAUCCUGCAUUGCUGGGCUAUGAUGCGCUGCUUUUUUCUUCUUCUUCUCUCUUCUCUUCACUCUCCAAUGCUCUAGGCUGCCAUAGUAUUUGGGCUGCUAAAGCCUAGGCUUGCUAGCAUAAAACUAGGUUUUGGUCUGCUGGUUACUAAUAUCAGUUGAAGCAAAUCCUGUGUGAAUAAUGAGUCCUGGGCACAGACUGCAGCCUAAACUAGCAUUACUAACCUAAUAAUUCAGGCUUUGUUACAGAUGGCUGGGGCAGAGAAGGCUUUUUGUUUCAUUGUCAUUCAGAAAGGAAAAUAUGACCAAAGCAACUGAUUUUCACAAGGGAACUAGGAGCACAGGCCAAGAAUAAAAAACUGGUUUAAAGAAGGGUGCAUUUGUCCUUGCAGCAUUUUUAUUUUUAGCUAAACCUCAGACCACCUUAAGGAGGCUGGAUUGGUAAGGGAAGAGCAAAAGUGUAAAGUGGGAAUGGCCAAAGUAUCAGACAUGGGCCACAAAGUGGGGAGCAGUCAGAUGAAACUGGGGCUGGCUCAAAUAGAAGCUACUCAGGACUGGCCUGCUCCCCAGACAAAAAAAGCAAGCCCAAGCUUUCAUUGGGAUGGUAGGGUUUUACUACCAAUUUGUACUCCACUUCAGUACCCUAAGCAGCACCCAUCACAGAGCUGUAUAAGAAGGGUAAGCCAGAUAUGGUGAUCUGGACAGCAGAAUGCCAGACUAUAUAGAAAAGAGUUUGGCCCUGCUAACUUGCAGACUGCUGGUGGCACUUACCUAGCGAUGCACAGCCUGCAGGUUCCCCACCAGAAGUAGUUCUUCAGUUUAUCCCUGUCAGCCUCUUCCCUUCCAGAAAUGAUUGCAAUGUGUGUGGGGUUUUUUAAAAACAAACAUAUGCAUUACAUUGCAAAAAAGUGCAUCCAUAUAGCUGUAUAUUAGUACUACCGUGCUGGAAAUUUGCUAGCAUAAUACACUGAGGGUUUUUUCUUUUCAACUGGAACACAUUUGCCAUAAUUCUGCUGGGGACACAUGAUAUUGUGGCUGUGGUUAGCACUGACUGCUCUCAUGGCCCCUGAGUCAGUGAGGGUAGUAUAUCAUUGCCACAGCAUACUUACAACUACCUGUAGCAAGUUCUGAUGCUGUAGUGAUUAUAUGUGAGAACUCAUAAGAUGACAGGAGGGGUCCUAGAGAAUGAGCAGAAAAAGAAAGAUGUAAGGAAUUACAGCCAGCCUUACUGCUGCUCAGUGGAGCAAAAUUAUUAGAUGAUAAAUUUAUAAAACUCCAGCGGAGAAAACAACAAUACAGACUAUUUGGGUUUGUUUUGGACCAGUUAUGUGAAAUCAGUUUCCUUUCCUUUUAUAAAAAAAAAAAAAAAAAAAAAAAGAGACCAGCUUAGUUUAAGGGUACUCAUUUGGCCCAUGGGGCUCCCCACAGGUCAGGAAAUUUAGCAGCAGGGGUGCAGUGACCAUUAUUAGCCCUCCACCACCACAGAGUGAGAUGAGGGCUGGGCUAGGCCCCCUUUCUCCUGCACAGCUGAAUCAAGGUCAGGCCAUACCUCCUUCCCUCCACACAGCUGGAUUAGGGUUGGGCCAUGUCCUCUCCCCCUCACUCCUCCCCCAGCUGGACUGGGGAGGGCUGGUCCCUGUACCCAUCUGCACAGCUGGAUGGGGCUCCACCAGGCUGGCCUGGGCACCAGAUUAGGACCACCAGCUGGAUCUUGCCCAUGGAUGGCCUGGGCACUGCCCAUCCCAUUCACCUGGCAAAAAGGUUGAGCCCCACUGGCUUAGUUGAUAUGGAAGAGACAUUGGGUGGGAUCUGACUCAACUAGUAAGACUACCCUACAUUGCAGUCUCAGCAAAUUAAGCAAUGGGAAGGAUGGAAGUAAUAAGGUGAGAGCAGAGAUCAAAACAAGAAAAACCCAAUUCUCAGAGCAUUUAUCAGUGGGGUUCACUGUCAAGCCUAGGAGCGCUCAGAAAGGAAAUUAUGAUCUUUCGCAUACCUACAGGUUACACUGAGCAGUGUCCCCAUAAAAAUGUUGCUGCAUAGUAUUAAAAGAAAAAGCUUUCAAUCAAUUUGUGCAUCACAGGAAUUAGGAAGGUAAGUUCCACUCUGCUUUUGUGCAAAGGGACUCUGGCAUGCUGAUGGAUUGGACUUAGCUGCAUGACAUUUUUAGUGUAGUCAUUUUUCUGGGAGAGGAAAAGCAACUGGCCUGUUAAGUUUCAAAUGAAUCCCUAAAUAAGCCUGUUGUAUUUAGGAGGGACAUGCUUCACUGGUUAAAGGAACAACCAACACUGUAAAAUUGAAUAAAGAGCUCUUUCCUCUA